CAGGAGAAGCCCAAUGUCAAAUGAUCUUUAGCUUAUUUUUACGUUCUGCAAAACUGAAAACACCCCAACUAUGUUAUUUAUAGAUUGUAUAACUGUUUUUGAAUAAAGAAAUACAAGUGGAGUUUUCUAAGUUUUUGGUUCUUGAAUUGACUAGGGAAGGGAUUCUUGGUGAAUCACAAAUCAACAAAACCAAUGAUUCUGUUUAUGUUGAGCUUUCAUUUUCUCUGAAGUUGAUUUUUGUUGUUGGGGUUGUUGUUUUAUGUUGUUUGACUUCAAUUUAAGCAACCCCUUUUUCUUUCUUUCUCUUAAAGUUGUCUUUUUUUUUUUUUUUUUUAAAUUGUAACUGUAAUGGGCUUUGUUUCUUCAUCUGGGUUGCUCAAGAAUUUCUUGGAAGUGAAGAAUUUGAAUUGAUCUUGAAAUGGGUAUGGCAAAAAGAUUGUAUUUUUUGAGGUUGAAGAGGAGAAAUUAUGGAGUUUUGUUUAGAGUUCUUUUUAGUUUAUGGUUCAUCCUUGGAGGGAUUUGCCCAGUAAUGGGUGUCAGGCCUCUCAGAGAAAGAUAUCGUUCGUGGGGAGAUGAGUGGCUUCUUGUAAGAAAGGAUGAGAAUGAAUUGGGGCCUUUUUCUGCUUGGAAUAUAACUGGAACUUACAGAGGGUCUUGGAGGUUCCUAGAUUCAACAAAUAGCUCUUCCAGGUUUCCUGAUUUUAGGAAGUUCAAUGGCAACUCGGUCCUUGAAUUGAUAAGUAAUCCAACAAAAAUAACUGGUGUACAUUAUGUUCAGGGUGCAAUAAUUUUCCAUGAUGUUUUUGACAAUGAACAUGGAGUUGGUGGUGCACAAAUAAGGGUAGAAGGUGUAUAUAUAUGGCCAUUUAGACAACUUCGAAUGGUAGCUUACAGUGGCAAAGAUGGUGAGUUUGCACAGGAAGACGAUUAUCUAUUAUCAAAUCCAUAUCACUUGCUUGGUGUUUUCUCGUCCCAGAUAUUCCAGGAGUCUUCUCGAGAUAAGAUUUGGAAAAAGAAACACUCACCGUUUUACGAGAUGGAGAAAAAUUGUAAUAUUGAAAUUGCUGCACAAAUUGCUCGUGUCUCAUCAUCCUCAAAUGAUGGAGCUCGUGAUCAUUAUCAACUAGAAGGAUUGAUAGAGAGCCCUUCAGUGGAUGCUGACGGAGACUGUUUCUCACCGAUGCUUUUGAAUGCUACUUCUGUCAAUAUAGAGGUUUACUACAACAAAGCGGUGAACUACACAUUGAUGGUCACAUUUAUAUCUUUUCUGCAAGUGCUCCUUCUGAUUCGACAAAUGGAACAUAGCAACACCCAAUCAGGAGCUGCCAAAGUUUCAAUUCUGAUGAUUGGACAACAGGCUAUCAUGGAUGCUUAUCUUUGUCUUUUGCAUCUGACCGCAGGGAUACUUGUUGAAUCCCUUUUCAAUGCUUUUGCAACUGCUGCCUUCUUCAAGUUUGUUGUCUUCUCGAUAUUUGAGAUGAGAUAUCUACUUGCUAUAUGGAAGGCAAAUAGGCCCAUGAAUAGCGGAGAGGGUUGGGAAGCAAUGAGGCGCGAAUUAUCAGUACUUUACAGCCGUUUCUAUGGGAUCCUUUUAGGCGGCCUAUUGUUCAUGUAUGAGUUUCACAAGUUUCUGCGCCCUAUUCUUCUACUUUUAUACUCAUUCUGGAUACCUCAAAUUGUAACUAAUGUCAUUCGCGACUCAAGAAAACCGUUGCACCCUCAUUACAUCUUGGGAAUGACUCUAACUCGUUUGGCAAUUCCAUUAUAUGUAUUUGGCUGCCCUCACAAUUUCAUGCGUAUAGAGCCUGAUAAGAAUUGGUGCAUCUGCUUGGGAGUUUUUAUUGCGCUGCAGGCAUCAAUUCUUCUGUUGCAGCAUUACCUUGGAUCUCGGUGGUUCAUUCCACGUCAGAUUUUACCCGAGAAGUAUAACUAUUAUAGAAGGUUUGAUCAGGGUGCAAAUCACGCCACUGACUGUGUUAUUUGCAUGACUACUAUUGAUCAUACUCAACGCUCAAAUAAUUGCAUGGUGACACCUUGUGAUCAUUUCUUUCACUCCGGUUGUUUGCAAAGAUGGAUGGACAUAAAGAUGGAGUGUCCAACAUGCCGACGUCCUCUUCCACCAGCUUGAAUAAAUGCUAUUUCUUGAAUUCAUCUUGAUAGAGCAACUGACAUUGCCCGACCUGUUUAGAACGGUUGGAGACUCAGAGAAUUACAUAAGAAGUUUUCUGUAUAAAAGUACAGCACAGAUUCACCAGACUUGCGGUGCAGUUGCCGUUUAAUGUACAUUACUAAUAUAAUAUCUUGUUGAUUAACUAUCUAUUCUUUUCUUAUAUUUCACCACAAUUAGAUUUUUCUUUCAGAAAUACAUUUACUUUCAGUUUAGAGCAAACUUCGUUGGAAAAGUGUAGUUAUUUCCGAGUUGGAAAUUCAAGACUGCAA